AUGAACGGUCACUUUUCUGCUGUCGGCGAUGCGCCGGCAGCCAACAACUUCACGCAUGGGAUACAGGUGAUCGACGAAGACAAGGCAUUCAACGCCAACCUCAACGACUACUUGACCGAGACCAACGUGGCUAAGGCCGGCUUCAACUACCACCUGAUCUCUGUCUUUGGCUCGCAGUCGACUGGCAAGUCGACGCUGCUGAACCAUCUAUUCGGUACCAACUUCGACGUCAUGUCCGAGGUCGAGCGUCGCCAGACUACCAAGGGCAUCUGGAUGGCCAAGAACAAACGUAUUGCUGCUGAGGGUAACGAGGACAAGAUGGCCGACAACAUUUUGGUUAUGGAUGUCGAGGGUACCGACGGUCGCGAGCGUGGCGAGGACCAAGACUUCGAACGCAAGAGCGCCCUGUUUGCUUUGGCCACUAGCGAGGUGUUGAUUGUCAAUAUCUGGGAGCACCAGGUCGGCCUGUAUCAGGGCGCCAACAUGGGUCUACUGAAGACAGUGUUUGAGGUCAAUCUGCAAUUGUUUCUCAAGGAUAGACAAUCGCAAACCCGCUCGCUGCUCUUUUUCGUCAUCCGCGACCACAUCGGCAACACUCCCCUUGCCAACCUCCGUAACACCCUGAUUCAAGACCUGACGAGGAUCUGGUCCUCUAUCGCAAAGCCUGAGGGGCUCGAGAACUCCAAGAUUGAAGACUACUUCGACUUUGCCUUCGCCGCCCUUCCUCACAAGAUCCUGCAGCCCGAGAGGUUCCAGGAGGAGGUGCAGAAGCUGAGCACGCGCUUUAAGGAAGGCUACCGCUCCUCCAAGGACCAGGAGCUGGAGGGUGGCGUCUUCUUGCCCGAAUACCACCGCAGAAUACCUGCUGACGGUCUGUCGGUCUACUGCAAGGGUGUCUGGGACCAGAUCGUCAACAACAAGGACCUCGAUCUGCCCACGCAGCAGGAGCUGCUUGCCCAGUUCCGUUGUGACGAGAUUGCGCGCGAAGUCCUGGUCGGCUUCGACGCCGUCAUUGUUCCUCUUGAGGAGCAGCAGGCCGACGCCGCCCGUCAGGGCAAGCCGGGCAUCAUUCCCAACCUGGGCACGACCGGUGGCGGCGCCCGCGAGAAGUGUGUCAAAGCCUUCGAGAUCCAAGCCUCCCGCUACCACAAGGGCGUCUACAGCACCAAGCGCGCCGAACUCGAGAGCAAGAUCGAUGCCCGUCUCAAGGCCAUUUACACUACCCAUCUCACGGACGUUCACAAGGCUGGCAUCGCCUCCUUUAGCGAUGCUGUCACUGCGGCUGUCAAGGCUGGCCAAAAGGCCGGCGGCGCAUACGAAUUCGCGAUGAUUGUCUCGCAGCAGAAGGAGAAGUCCCUCGAUGCCUUCCGCAAGGAAGCCCAGUCCCUCCUGAUCGAAGGCGUUGCCUGGACAAACUUCGGGCCGCAGCUCCGGCUGUUCGAGAAGGAGCUGGACGAGGUCAGCGCGCGCUUGCGCAAGGAGGAGUUGAGGCGCCUUGCGGCUCGCGUCGAACGCAGUGUGAAGACUCGUCUUGGGGAUGCUGUUGGGUUGGAGUUCAAUAAGCUGGGCACCGGUAGGGGCGGGUCUGGCGCUCCAGAGACGGGGGAGAAGCCGGCUAGUGAGAAGGAUCUUUGGGAUCGCGUGUGGAAGGUCUUCACUGAUAUUGUCGAUGAUGCUGCGGCGAAGUUUGCCGACCGCGCCAAGAGCUUCCAGGCUAGUGAGGAGGAGGUUGCGGUGGGCAUCUGGCGGCUGCGGCGCAAGAGCUGGAUUGCGCUGCGCGAGCGCAUCGAUGAGGAGAUGCAGGAGGGCAAUAUCCUGAUGAAGUUGAGGGAAAACUUUGAGGAUAAGUUUCGGUAUGAUGCUGACGGCGUGCCAAGGAUCUGGCGGCCCACUGAUGAUAUCGAGGGAGUGUACACCAAGGCGCGGGAGGCCACACUCGCGCUUAUUCCGCUGUUGGCGAAGAUUAAGCUUGUUGCGACAGGCGCUGCGCCGGAUUUGGUAGCUUUCAUUGGCGCCCAGCCGGCUGGAGUUGAUAUCAGGGAAGAGGACGAUCUUGUGCCGAUUGGCGGCAUCGAUGAUGAGGAUGGCAAAACACUGGACGAUGAGAUGGCCGUCUUGAGCGAGAGCAAGAGACAGGAUCUUGUUGCUCGUUUCAAGAAGAUGGCCGAUGGUGUCUAUGUGGAGGCCAAGCGCAGUGCCAUUGGGGGCAUUACCCAGGUGCCGUUCUACUUCUAUGUGGCUAUGUUGGUUUUGGGAUGGAACGAGUUCGUCAUGGUCCUGCGCAACCCCGUGCUCUUCAUGAUGCUUCUGAUCGUGACCGGCGGCUUGUACGUGGCCUAUUCGCUCAACCUGCUCGGCCCCAUGAUGCAAAUGGCCAAUGCUGCCACCAACCAGGCGGUCGAGAUCGGAAAGGACAAGUUACGCCAGUUCAUCGCGGAGAACGACAGGGUUCGGCAGGCUAUUGGCGUGCCGGCUCGCCAGGAGAAUGGUCACUACCAGAACGGCGGUGCCGUCCACCUGGAUCGUUUGGAUAGCCGAGGAAAGAAGGUAGCGAGCCAGGAGAGUGAUGAUGAUAUUUAG